GCAAGGCUGGAGCACAAAGACAGUGAUUGUUACCCAAUAAGCUGUAGUCACACACUUCUACCAAUCGCCUUAGGAGGGCUGGUUACCAUGGAAUCCACCAUCUGUUCACUCCCCGCUGGAAUGUGAUUAUCCUUGCUGGGCUGGGAACUGGGAAGCGUGUGCUGUGUGAAAUUAUCUGCAAUGGACUGGGUUAAUGGGAAGCUAGAUUUGACUCGCUGGAAGAACAAAUGAAGGGAGUUUUACUUAAACCAUUUGUGACUUCUAAUCAAGAGGAAAACAUCCAGCUUUUAUAAGGCAGCAGUACCUGUCCAAAGAUCACUGUUGUUCCACCUUAUUUGAAAAGAAGCACGACCCCACAGGUUGAUCAGAAUGUAUCUAAUGAAGAGGCUCAGGGAAUAAAUGGAAAAACGCCCGCGAAACACUCAGCUGCAAGUCCAAAGCCACAAGUGCCUGCAAAGCCAUUGCAUCUGCAGAAUUCACCUUCGUCCAAUAUACACCAAACCCCCAGGCAUAAAGCUUUAUCUAGUGAGAAACCAAGGAUGGAGGAAGUUAAACCUGCCUCUGCUUCUUGUGUCUCAAAAGAAAAACCCAGUAAGGUAUCAGAUCUCAUCAGUCGCUUUGAAGGAGGCAGCACAUUAUCAAAUUACAGUGAUUUGAAGAAAGAUUCUGGUGUGAACCUGAAUGUUCCUAGGACCCCAGGAAGGCACGGACUGACAACCACCCCUCAGCAAAAUCUCCUCUCCCAGCACCCACCACCGAAGCCGGAAAAUGACACCGAUCCAACUCAGGGUGUACAGACUGGUGUGGCUAAUGGUGUGAUAGCUGCACAAAACCAGAUAGAAUGGGAGGAGGAUAAAGCGGCCACUCUUAGCCCAGAAACUCCAGUUCAAGCUCUGGAACCCUUGCUUGCUGUGAGCCUAGUGAACGGAGAAGGAGAGGAGGAAGCGACCACAGGCCCUGCAUCCCCUACAGCAAAGGACGAUGACGGAAAUGCUGCUGACAGUAGCUGCAGGACUCCCAGGGUCAGCCAGGUGCUCCCCCUGGAAGAAGGAAGGGCAGACACGGAAGCCCAGGUGCAAGAGCGGGAAGAUGGAGAAAGCCCUCUGGAAUCGGACCAGCUAGACCCUCACCCUGAGAUGAAGGAAACUAAUGAGCAAAAGCUUCACAAAAUAGCCAAUGAACUUUUGCUUACAGAAAGAGCUUAUGUCAACCGACUUGACCUCUUAGAUCAGGUAUUUUACUGCAAAUUAUUAGAAGAAGCAAAUCGAGGCUCAUUUCCAGCAGAGAUGGUGAAUAAAAUCUUUUCUAAUAUUUCGUCAAUAAAUGCCUUCCAUAGUAAAUUCCUAUUGCCAGAGCUGGAAAAACGAAUGCAAGAAUGGGAAACAACCCCUAGAAUUGGUGACAUCCUUCAGAAAUUGGCACCAUUCCUUAAGAUGUAUGGAGAAUAUGUGAAGGGAUUUGAUAACGCAAUGGAAUUGGUUAAAAACAUGACCGAGCGUAUUCCCCAGUUCAAAUCAGUAGUUGAAGAAAUUCAGAAACAGAAGAUCUGUGGGAGCUUGACUUUGCAGCAUCACAUGCUGGAGCCUGUUCAGCGGAUUCCCCGGUAUGAGAUGCUCCUAAAGGACUACCUGAGGAAGUUGCCCCCUGAAUCUCCGGACUGGAAUGAUGCUAAAAAAUCACUUGAAAUUAUAUCUACAGCAGCAAGCCAUUCUAACAGUGCAAUAAGAAAAAUGGAGAACCUAAAGAAACUGUUAGAGAUUUAUGAAAUGUUGGGAGAGGAGGAAGACAUUGUAAAUCCUUCAAAUGAACUAAUAAAAGAGGGACAAAUCCUCAAACUCGCUGCUCGGAACACAUCAGCACAAGAACGCUACCUUUUCUUAUUCAACAACAUGUUGCUGUACUGUGUACCAAGAUUCAGCUUGGUGGGCUCUAAAUUCACAGUUCGAACCAGGGUAGGCAUCGAUGGAAUGAAAAUUGUGGAGACUCACAAUGAAGAAUAUCCACACACUUUCCAGGUGUCUGGGAAAGAGAGAACACUGGAACUGCAAGCCAGUUCUGAGCAAGACAAAGAAGAAUGGAUUAAGGCUCUUCAAGAGACCAUUGAUGCUUUCCAUCAGAGGCAUGAAACCUUCAGAAAUGCAAUUGCAAAGGAUAAUGACAUGCACUUAGAAGUUUCUACUGCUGAGCUGGGGAAAAGAGCUCCAAGAUGGAUCCGAGAUAAUGAAGUAACGAUGUGUAUGAAAUGCAAAGAGUCUUUCAAUGCACUGACAAGAAGAAGGCAUCAUUGUCGAGCAUGUGGACAUGUGGUUUGUUGGAAGUGUUCUGAUUACAAAGCUCAACUUGAGUAUGAUGGUGGAAAAUUAAACAAAGUUUGUAAAGACUGUUAUCAAAUAAUAAGUGGAUUCACAGAUAGUGAAGAAAAAAAAAGAAAAGGAAUUUUAGAGAUUGAAUCAGCAGAAGUAUCUGGAAACAGUGUAGUGUGCAGCUUUCUUCAGUAUAUGGAGAAGUCAAAACCUUGGCAGAAAGCUUGGUGUGUGAUCCCCAAACAAGACCCUCUUGUGCUGUACAUGUACGGUGCCCCCCAGGACGUCCGAGCCCAGGCCACCAUUCCACUCCUCGGCUAUGUUGUGGAUGAUCUGCCAAAGAGUGCAGACCUGCCCCACAGUUUCAAACUGACCCAAUCCAAGUCUGUGCACAGCUUUGCUGCAGACAGUGAGGAACUGAAACAGAAGUGGCUGAAAAUCAUCUUUUUAGCUGUCACAGGUGAGACACCAGAUGGUCCCAACAAGCAUCCAGCCACCUUGGAUGAUCAUGCUGAACCUAAGAAAAAAUUAGAAUGCUGA